AGUGCGUGAUCAGCAUGUACUCAACUGAUCCGUGACACAAAAAAGGUCUGGGACCAGUGGCUUAGACAGCUUGAAGAAAAGAGUGAGUUGCAAACAGGCUUCUGAGUCUACUUUCGGUGAUGUGUUGGAAAACAGAAGUCGAGCCUUGACAACUGCUCCUCUGUUCCAGAACGUGCCUCGUAUCCUGGUGCAGUCCGCCAGUGUGGAAGAGGGAAUGAACGACACACGCCUGCAAGUUGCGACUGAGCAAAGCAGCCCUGCUGUCAUGUCCCAGGAGAGCCCCAGAUCGGUGCCUCUCCCUCCGCCAAUCAUCCCAGAGACCCAGAAGUUGCUGAGCGAAGCGUCCAGCGGGUACAUGUCGACGGCGCCGCUUUCAGACGUCUACACGCUGAGCUGGGACCUUCCUCCGUCGUCAGGUCAAAGGGCCGCCAGCUUUGCGGCCGUGACGAACGAAGAAGACGAGGAAGCGAUGCAAAGACUCUCCUUUCCAUCUGAGGGUGGCUCUGGAUCUGAACCUCAGGAGGCUUUCCCAGCAACUGCGGAGAACACCGACCUGCCGCAGUACAAACCAAAGGAUAGUUCAUUAGUUCAUUUAAAUCGGAAUCUCCGGGACCCAAAUGCCUCUCAUGCAGCGCAGGAAAUCAAAGCCUCUUCUGCAUGCGCAGCGUCCGAUAGCCCGACGAUGCCAGUGCAUUUAGAACGUGACCCGAUGGCACCAAAGCAAGUAGACAGUGUGCUGACACCGCCAAAUUCAUUUUUUGUGGAAGAGCAACAACCAGAGACUUUUGCUCCUGAAAGUGUUCAAACGAAUGUGAAAGAAGCAAGUAAAGCAAUUCAAAAAGUGUGUGAGAAGAACCAACCAUCCAACCCAGACCGGACUGAGACAGAUCCAGAAGCUCCUGCGUCUGUCUUCACCCACACGUCAUCCGAACCGCCUCCGGUCCCACCGAAGAAUUGCGAUCCACCAUCUUGUUCCCAGGAAAAAUCCCCUUUCAUGGACUCCAGCGGUUCUGCCAUCCUAGCUCCCUCCAGUGAGGAGGUCCACCUGGCCGCAACGUCCGCUGCCUCGGCAAAACCCUCCAAAUCGCCUGCAGCAGCAGUCAAACCUUUCAAGAUACAGAAAGUCCAGUCAUCGGAUCUCAAGUCCUUCCGACGUAUACUCGGGGAGCCGGAAGGGGACCCCGUUCAGACCGAGACCGGCAGCGCUUCACCAUCGCACAGCAAUCUCGCCGAGCCCCUGGAGCUCAUCUUAGACUGCGGGGAAGGAGCGGGAGCCGCUGCCGUCUCUCUGCCCGACUGGCUGAAAGAAGGGGAAUUCGUCACUGUCGGGACCAAUAAAAGCGGCGUCGUGCGCUACGUGGGACCCACAGACUUUGCCCAAGGCGUGUGGGUGGGAGUGGAACUGGAGGUACCUGCAGGAAAGAAUGACGGCUCGGUGGGCGGGAAGCACUACUUCCACUGCAAUCCAGGUUACGGAGUCCUCGUCCGGCCGGACAGGGUGAGCCGCGGUGGUGCCAAACGCCGUCGACAGCAGCAGAAGCGUCGCAGUGCCAACCUGUCGGGAUCCACUCCGAACCUGGAGGCGCUCACGGCGCUGCCCAAAGGUGAUGCUGCCUUUGCAUCAUCAUCAUCGUCAUUACCUUCUCACGAUGGUGCAGAGGACCUUAAAAAUUCUUGAGAGGAGGCUCAGCCGUGCAAUGUCGGGUUGAGGCUGUACAUACUUGAUGCCGUAAACACGAUUCAAUAUGUUCCGUGUUUGCACAUCUUACCUAUUUCUCCCUAAGGUUUCAUUCAAUGCUGCGUGUGUUGUUCACUUCCAGACUUUGUAAAGCUCCAUGCUAAAAAGUGUCGGUUUUCUUUUACUUUUGCAUUAACAAUGAUCAUACCGUAUUUAGAAGAUGAGGAUAGUUUCACAAAAGCGUUUUACUGCUUGAGGAUUGUUUCUAAAAAAAUGAUUUUAGUUUUGUGUGCCUUAUUGAUUGUUGAGAAUAUAUCAUGAAUUGUGCAAAGAGCUUUUUUUUUCUUCCAUGAAUUAAAUGCAGCAAAAACAUUUGGGGUAUAUUUUUUUAACAAUGUUUUGUGACAUGAAUAAAUUGAGUCAUUUUCUGACAUAAAACAAUAA